UCUGUUCAGAAAUCCAGAGAACAAGAACUGUUUUUCUACACAGUUUUGGCCAGGACAUCAGAGGCAUCACAACAGGUGAAUAAAAAAAGAUGCUAAUGUUUGACCCAGUCCCUAUCAAGCAGGAAGCCAUGGAGCCUGUUUCAGUGUCAUACCCGUCCAAUUACAUGGACCAAAUGAAGCCAAACAAAUACAGCGUCAUUUAUUCUACGCCGAGCAUGUUGCACAACAAAUUCUACUCAAACCCUGAAGGACUAUCAAAUGGAAUCCAGAUGGAGCCAGUAGACCUUACAGUGAACAAGCGGGGCUCACCACCUUCCACUGGAAGUUCUCCUUCCCCCCUGAAGUUUCAUAGGAGAACUUCACCUGGAUUGACUCUGUCCUCACCCAGCUCACCUCUCAGUAAAUUCACGCCGUCACCUCCAGGAGUACAACCUCUUUCCAUGCCAAUAACGAUCCCACCUGUAAUGGCCGCUGCUCUUUCGCGCCACGGACUAAGAAGCCCUGGAAUCCUCCCAGUUAUACAGCCGGUGGUGGUCCAGCCGGUUCCUUUUAUGUAUGCUCCCCAUCUUCAGCAGCCCAUCAUGGUGUCCACAGUUCUCGCCGAUGAGAUGGAAGCUCCAAGCAGCAUGCCAGUGCCUGUCAUUGAGUCUUAUGAGAAGCCUACAUUGAAGAAAACAAUCAAAGUAGAGCCAGGAAGCGAACCAUCGAAGACUGACUUGUAUCCUGAGCAAAUGUCACCUCCAAUGAUGACCUCCUUGUCUCCCCAGCAAGUAAUGGUGCAAGAGAAUCAUCCUUCAGUUAUAGUUCAGCCAGGAAAGAGGCCUUUACCUGUGGAGUCUCCGGACACGCAAAGAAAACGCAGAAUACAUCGGUGCGAUUACGAAGGCUGCAACAAAGUCUACACUAAAAGCUCCCACCUGAAAGCUCACAGAAGAACCCACACAGGUGAAAAACCGUACAAAUGCACUUGGGAGGGAUGCACGUGGAAGUUUGCUCGUUCUGAUGAACUAACACGGCAUUUUCGCAAGCAUACAGGAAUCAAACCUUUUCAGUGCCCAGACUGUGACCGUAGCUUUUCACGUUCGGACCAUCUUGCUCUUCACAGAAAACGCCACAUGCUAGUCUGAAUGUCUUCUGUCCCUGACUCCUGUCACACUUUUUUUUUACACAUGCAUUUUGAUUUGGAUUCAGCUGGACUGAAUCUCUGAGUUUAUACCAUUAAAAGCUUACGUAUGGUCAGUAACAGAUGUUAUCUAACCCUUCCAUGUCCUUGCCACGGGUCAGACCUAAAGAAUGUGAACUUUUUUUUUUUUUCUCCAGGGGAUGCUAAGCAAACCCUUUCUGCAGACAGUAUGUUUUAAUAUAUUCCAUUGUGAAUAAGGGAAUUUGUAAACUAACAGCUUUUGUUGGUUUCUUCAUAUAAUCAACCCAGCAUAUACUGAUAAAGUAGUAAACGUUAUUGAAUAUCCAAAA